AUGGAUUUACCACAACUGCUCCUUCUCCUCUUGUGUGCCAUCCAUCUCACCUUGACUGGAGUGCUGAGCAAACACAUAGAUCACAGAAACCUGUUUACACAGAGAAUGUGCUGCAAGAGACAGAGCCACUUUGUCUACAUUGGACAAGACAUCUCUGGGAGUCCUGUCAGUGUGGAUGUGGGGAUGUGCAGGUCUCACUGUGGGGGGGCGGUGAGACCUUCACAUGAAACAGGACAGCAGGAGUACUCCAAACACUCCUCAAUGCUGGAAUUCCUCAGGAGCAAAAAAGUGAAAACGCGCCGACCCUCACCUCCAGAGAGCCCGGGACCCUUGAACCAGCUUCCCUCCUGCGGGAUGAACCAGGUGUGUGAGCCGACCGGCAUGCGCGUGGACCGGGUGCUGCUGUUCGAGGGGCCCCGGGAGGUGGAGGUCAUCCAGGAGUGCCACUGCGAGGUCAGGCUGAGCCAGUGCCUCCGUGUGCCCGCACUGAAGACGUACAACUCCGAUACACCGUAUGAGACUGUUAUAGAUGUGGGAGGAUGCUCCAAGUCCAAGGGCUCACCGGAGGGAUUCUCCUGCGUCCCCACUAAGUUCGACUCAGCCUUGGUGAAGACCCCCAACAAAGUGGACCUCAUCCAGACGGUGGCAGCCUGUGACCUGAAGGAGAGCUGCUACAGGGUCCCUUAUGUGGAGUAUUACUAUGAAAUAGUGCAACAUUCAGAUGGAGUCAAAGAAGAAAGGCUUAAAGAAAUAGAUGUGGGCAGAUGUUUGGGGGGCUGCACUACAGGAAAACGAUGCCUUCUCAGGAGUCCAUCUGAUCCAGAAAUCUGCCACUUAUGGGCUGAAAGAGAGUCGAGCUCCUGCGUUCCGAAGGGCUUUGAGAGCCACAGCUUCCUAAACCAACACGGACAGAUACGGACUGUUCACUCCAUCACCUCCUGUCUGUGCCAAAACUGAACCCAGUGCCCCCUACUGGAUAAUGCCGUCCAGUUCUUACUGGCAGAGACUGGUCCAGUGUCGACCCAAACAAAUACUGAGACUUUAA